CUGGAUACUGUUGACAUGCAGUCUCCAAGAAUACCUGGUAGAAAACGAGGAAGACCCCCACUCCAUUCUACUCCGAUGAAAAUGGCUGUUCACAAUCUCUAUUCAGCGCCGUCUGGUUCCUUGCCAGUAGUGAAGAUCCCAAAGAAGAGAGGAAGAAAACCCGGGUACAAGCUGAAGUCUCGUGUUCUGAUGACUCCUUUAGCAAUCUCUCCUCCAAGAAGCACACCAGAACCUGAUAUUAGUUCAAUCCCUCAGGAUGCAGCUACAAUACCCAAUUCGGCUGCCCCACAAGCUCUCACUGUCUGCAUUUACGUCAACAAACAGGCAAAUAUGGGGCCAUACCUUGACAGGAAAAAAGUGCAACAGCUUCCAGAUCACUUUGGCCCUGAAAGACCUUCCAUGGUCCUACAGCAGGCAGUUCAGGCAUGCAUUGACUGCGCACAUCAGCAAAAGACUGUCUUCUCGCUUGUCAAGCAGGGCUAUGGAGGCGAGAUGGUGUCAGUUUCUGCUUCGUUUGAUGGGAAGCAGCACCUCCUGAGCCUGCCAGUAGUGAACAGCAUUGGCUAUGUCCUGCGCUUCCUCAAAAAGCUCUGCCGCAGCCUACUGUGUGACAAUCUCUUCAGUAAUCAGCCUUUCCCACAGUACAGCAGCACCUCUGGAAACCCAACGCAGUACGAGAAUGGAAGGCUUGAGUCAGCAGAAACUAUCAUACCUGAAGAUUACCUGGUUGACCCUAUGAACAUGAAGCGCUACAGUGUUGAUCCUUCUGAUUCUGCCUUUAAUUGCAUGGGCUCCCUGUAUACCAUGAGACAGAGCUCUGGAGAUGGACGUCUUGCUGGAGGCUCCUCUUCCUCUUGCAGUCAUCGUUCCGGUCCGAUGUCCUCCGGGGGACCAUCAUCUACUGGUUUGAGGCAUCAGACAUCCAGCCCAACUAGAAACGGAACCUAUCUUGAAGGAAACAGAAGUGCCUCAAGUCCUUCGCCGGAAAGACAAGAUACAGCUCGGCCAUCAAGCAAGAACCCUUCGACCUGGACUGUCGAUGACGUGGUUUGGUUUGUGAAGGAUGCAGACCCUCAUGCAUUAGGUCCACACGUGGAGCUUUUCAGAAAACAUGAGAUUGAUGGCAAUGCUUUAUUGUUGCUGAAAAGUGACAUGAUCAUGAAAUACUUGGGGCUGAAAUUGGGACCGGCAUUGAAACUUUGUUACCACAUCGAUAAACUCAAGCAAGCAAAGUUCUGA